AUGCCGCUCGACUACAGUAAAUGGGACGCUCUCGAGCUCAGUGACGACUCGGAUGUUGAAGUACACCCAAAUGUCGAUAAGCGCUCCUUCAUUCGCGCCAAGCAGAACCAGAUCCAUGCCGAGAGACAGCAGCGCAAGAACCACAUCGAGACCCUCAAGUACGAGCGCCAGAUCAACGACGGACUGAUCAAGAGGAUUACUGCCCUCCUGAACUCACUGAAGAACCAUGCCUCCGAUGCCGAGUCUCGCAACCCGGCCGAAGUAGCCUUCCAGGCCGUCAUGGAGAGCGUGCCUAGCAGCUCUGAAGAGGACAAGCCUCCCGCGAGGCCCGAGGGUGUCCACAGUGAGGUCGAGAACCCCCCGACCUACACCAAGAUGAUGGCUACCCUCCUGGAUCAGGUGAACAAGGCACUUGACGAGAAGAAGCCCACGAACCGUUAUCAAGCCAUGGUGGAAGAAAUCGGCGACCACCUGGUCAACGUCGAGAACUUGCAGAAGCAGCUCCACGAGAAGCUCGCCGAAUUGGAGAAGGCCGGCCAAGGCAAGAUCACGAGCGAGAGCUACAAGACCGGGUUUGACUCAUCUCAUGUCGCCAAGUCUACGCCUGAAGAGAAGGGGAAGAAGGCCGACAACAAGGUCGAGCUGCUGAACCCCAACUUCGACAUCAAUGACCCCAACUCCCUUUCCCAGGCCGAGCCAGACGAGGAUGACGAGGUCACGGCCAGCGCUGAUGCCCAGAAGUUUGCAAAGAUCAAGUCUGUCGAUUACAGGGAGAGCAAUAACUUCAUUUCGUCGCACCCGAGCAUUCUUUCGGAGAAGGAACAAGAUGGUAUUCUUAUGCUUGCCUUUGAUGCCCAGCUGGAAGGCAAAGACGAUUUCGCUCGGAACUGUGUACACCAAGCCUUGCUGCUCCAGUAUUGCCGAGCACUUGGCAAGGAUGGUGUGGCCCUAUUCUUCAAGCGUAUCACGACCAAGGGUCACAAUGCACAGGAUGUCUUCUUCAAGGACGUCCAAGAUACAUACAUGCGGAUCAAGAACAGGUGCAAGGAGAUCAACGCCGAGCGGGCCGCUGGCGGCAAUGACGAAGAUAAGGAGCAGAUUCAGCUACACGCCGUCGAGCCUGGUACAGUGAUCAACAUCAAGAUCCCACCCGAGAACAGCGAGGACACAGACGAGAAGAGACACAGGGAGAUAUUCGAGUCCUUCAAGCCGGAUGUUAGAAAAGCAUUGGAGACUGGUAGCUUAGACAAGGUGAAUGAGGUUCUCGGUAAGAUGAAGAUUGACGAGGCUGAGGCACUAGUUGGCCUCUUGAGUGAGGCCAAUGUCCUCAGCCUCGAGGACGAGAUCAUCGACACCACAACUGAAGCUGGCCAAAAGCAUCUCGAAGAAAUGAAACAGCAAGCAGCGCUGGAGUCCACAGAUUAUGCUGACGACCCGGAGUAG